AUCCUGUACUAUCUUGUGUCAGCUGGUGCGGCAGGGUCCUGUCCUUCUGAGUAACUGAUUGAUAGACUGAGGAAAGUCCAAUGAGGCUGGAGUUUGAGCACAGACUCCCUCCACUCAAGAGCUGCAAUUGUUAUUAACUUCAAAUCCACUGUAUCCUGCAUUACUGAGGAGAUUGUUUCUACAGUUUAUAUAUUUGCAGUGUUAUUUGACUAUUAUUUGUAGAAGCAUGGCCAAGCUUGUGGAGUGUGUGCCAAAUUUUUCCAACGGACAAAGUAAAAUGGUCAUUGAUGCCAUCGCUGAUGCCAUUUCACAAACUGAAGGCUGCUCACUAUUGGACGUGGAUCCUGGCCAGUCCACUAAUCGGACAGUUUACACAUUUGUUGGCUCCCCAGAGGCUGCAGUGAAUGGGGCAUUGAAUGCUGCUCAGGUGGCCUUCCAACUCAUCGACAUGGUGACACACAAAGGGGAACAUCCCAGACUGGGCGCUUUGGAUGUGUGUCCCUUCAUCCCAGUGCGUAACGUCCACAUGGAGGAAUGUGUUCGGUGCGCAAAUGAGUUUGGGAAACGGCUUGCGGAGAAGCUGGAAGUACCCGUCUAUUUGUAUGGAGAAGCAGCUCGUGAUGAGCGUCGCAGAACACUGCCCAGCAUUCGAGCUGGUGAAUAUGAAGGGCUACGGGAAAAGUUGCAGAAUCCUGACUGGGCUCCUGAUUUUGGUGCGGCGACCUUUGUUCCACGCUGGGGAGCCACGGUAACUGGAGCACGGAAUUUCCUCAUCGCGUACAAUAUCAACCUCUUGAGCACAAAGGAGCAAGCUCACCGCCUCGCACUCAACAUCCGAGAGCAGGGCCGAGGGAAGGACCAGCCAGGACGUCUGAACAAAGUGCAGGCUAUUGGUUGGUACUUGGAAGAGGCCAAUAUUGCCCAGGUGUCCACGAACCUGCUUGACUUUGAGGUGACUGCACUGCACACAGUAUUUGAAGAAGUUCGUAAGGAUGCCGAGGAUUUGGACUUGCCUGUGGUGGGCUCUCAGAUUGUAGGCCUCAUCCCACUGAAAGCCAUGAUGGAUGCUGCAGAAUUUUACAUGAAGAAGGAAAACCUGUUUAUUCUGGAGGAGGAGCACAAAAUCCGAUUGGUCAUAAGCCGUCUGGGGCUGGAUUCUCUUGCUCCUUUCAAUGCUAAGGAAAGGAUAAUUGAGUACAUGGUGCGGGAUGAGAAGGAGGAGGGCUGCCUGGUUUCUUUGCCUUUGCAGGAAUUUAUCCAGAGCGUCGGAGCACGGACUGCAGCCCCUGGGGGAGGUUCUGUUGCUGCUGCCGUGGCUGCCAUGGGCGCGGCACUCGGCUCGAUGGUUGGGCUAAUGACCUACGGGAAGCGACAGUUUGAACAUCUGGAUGGAACGAUGAGGAGACUGAUAGCUCCAUUCCAUCACGUCAUGGCUGAGCUUAUCUCUCUGGUGGAUGACGAUUCCAACGCAUUCAACAGCUACAUGGCUGCCCUCAAGAUGCCCAAAUUGACAUCAGUGGAACGAGAAAGGCGUGAGGCAGCGAUGCAGGAUGGCUUGAAGAAGGCUGUCCUGGUCCCACUGGCCUUGGCGGAGAGAGUGACCAGCCUCUGGCCACACCUACGAGAGAUGGCAACGUUUGGAAACAUUGGCUGCAAAUCUGAUCUGCAGGUUGCUGCCAAAGCCCUGGAGCUGGGAGUGUUUGGGGCCUUUUACAACAUCAUGACAAACCUCAAGGACAUCAAAGAGGAAGAAUUCAAUGCCAAGACUCGGCAGAAGGCCUAUGACCUCCUGGAACAGGCUAAAUGGAACACACUGCAAGUUUUGGAGCUGAUCGAUAAACGAAAAGAGUUGGGAAAAGAGUGAGAAACCAGACAGCAGCUGCUGAGAUUCUUUUGAGGCACCUACUGUAAAUCCAUUGAAGCUUUCUUCAGUAGCUGCCCAACUCAUUGGGUACGUCCCCAAUUCAAGUGUCCGUGGGCAUCAGCAGAGGUGAAUAAAGAAAAACAUUGCUCAUAA